AGUGAUGUCGAUGAUUUGUGAUAAAUUGCUGGACUAAAGUGUACAAUAUGGUCGAAUUCAAGCGAAGAGUGGGGAAAAAUGUUGCUUCCGAAAGAUUCGUUCUUCGGUGUAGUUUAGUGGCAACAAUUAGAUUUGAUUCAGGCAACAUCCACUUUCUGCAUACAGUUUUUUUCUGUUGUUCCAUUUUCCUCUUAGCUGCAAUGCCAGGUAAGCUGACUCGAGUUUCUCUGUAUAUAUUUUCGCCCAAUGACACCAGCUAACCAGAAAAUUUUCAGUCCUCUUGAAGUUAUAAGGUUUACUACAAAGCAGUUCUUUAAAGUGCAUGACUGAAAAGUUCGCCCCCAAGGUUACUCAGACUAAAAUUUCACUAGGUCCCUUUUCAUCAUAAAACUAAGCACUUCGAUGAAUAACUAUGCGGACACUCUGAGGCAAACCCUACUGCCUUGACACUUCCUCGUCCUUCAAUUUUUCUAUGGCGUUGCGUGUUAAGGAAAACGUAGUUGUAAACGUUCUCUUUUAUAAAAUACUGCAGUUUUUACGUCAGAUAAUUCCACAACAAGUUCCAGAAUGAUAUGAUUCCUGUUGCCGGAUUUUUCACAUAGAGGCCUGACUAUUAUCCUUAUAAACCCGUUAAGUAAAAGGACGGUUUAUAAUCAAUUAAGAUUAACAGAAAGUCACAAGUUCUUAUACAAAAGUAAACACAAGCGGCUAAAUAAACAGAGAUUUUAGUCUCUGAGAGGACUAUGUCGCCCGUGCUCUGACGCCAAGUUUGUAGUUGAUUAAAUUGAUUAGACUGGAGUUGACGCCAAAUGUUAGUGAAGUUUGUUGUUGAUUCAAUUUAUUCGCAUCCUUGAUUUGAGAGGUAUUUUUCUCCAUGCAGGUACCCCGGUUUGGCCUUCUUCUCAGAAAGACUGGAACAUUCUCAGUCUUGUCCUAGAUCCGGAACGGCAAACAAAAAACCAUGAUAUCGAUCUGAAUAUGAUAUGUCAAUAAAUUGUUAUUAUCAUGGUAAUCAUCAUUACUUAAAACCUCUUAGUGAGAAUAGAAAAAAGAGAUGAAGUUAAAAUGGGACUAACUUCAGAUUGACGGGAAUUUCGAAGGGAAUUUUUGUUUCAACUCGGCAGGUGCAGUAGCCCUGGAAUUCCUCCAGGAUCCUCCACUAGUCCUGUCAUCUCACGUUGGCAGGAGUGUUGACUUCAAUUGUUCAACAGAUGAUCCAAACGCUGCAGUGUCACUUUUGUUUUCUGACAAUUUUGGAGCUUCUUGGAGUGAGAAGCCAGUCACACCAAAUAAAGUUGCCUUGAAGAAACAAGUGUUCACUUUAAUAAAUAUCGUUUUGCGAGAUGGCGGAAUCUACGCUUGUAGGGCGACAGACCAGUCGGGGAAGACUAUUCAAUGGCCCAGUAAUCAUGGAUUCUUUUUCGUACAAUCAGGUGUGUUGAUUCGCUGAGGGCUAGACCAUCUUCAUGAUACUCGCAAUACUCUGAAAGCGCUUAAUAAAAGGAUUAUGUGUCGCGUGGUUUCUCAGGGGGGCAAACACACGAUAGAAAGCAGUCAGGUAAUACAAGUAAUCAUGGGUUUGUUUAUUCCCUCAUAACAAGACAUUUCUGGUGUCUAGAAUGAAUCACCUGGAACACGAUUUCUUGUUUCGGCACAUUUUGGAGACGGUAGCGUGGCCGAGCGGUUAGAGGGUGGGACUUACAAUUCGGAGGCCCCGACUUCACGUCCCGGCCAGACCGUUAGCUGGAUUUUUUCACAGUAGUCCAUAGUUCAAAUCCUCGACCACGCUCAGUGAAUAGCCAGCUGGUUUGCCUCCGACCAGUUGGGAUUCGUAACCAUGUUAUGUCAUGAUUUGAAUUAUUUGUUUUAGUCAUUUGCAAGGCCCCAACAGCAUUAAGUGCCAUAAAUACUGCCGAGGGUAAAUAAAGGAAUUAUUAUUAUUAUUACUACUAUUAUUAUCAUUAUUAUUAUUACUAAUAUCAUUAUUAGUAUUAUUAUUAUUAUUAUUAUUAUUAUUAUUAUUAUUAUAUGUACAUUUUAUCAGUUGUUUGCCCCCGAGAAACCACGUGACAUUGCGUUUAUCCCAUCAAUCUUAAGUCUGUGCAGCGCGUAUCACGAAUAAGGUCUUUUAAUCUUAGAGAGAUGUUUUUUGCGCUCGUUCCUCACAUACCAUUUGGAGAUACCACUGUUGGCAUUGCGAAGUGUUGGCUGCUUUCUUAAGCUUAAGUAAAACAUCAAAUAUUCCCAUAGAUUUUUUAUUUAUUCCUAUAGAUAUCAUUAGAGAAAGACGGACAUAGACAUAUAAGACAUACUUUAUCUAAACACGAUUAAAAACAUCUGUUUAAAACCGCGAUAAUUUAAAACUUAAACACUGGAUUACAUUUUUGUCGAGUGGGUGCCUGUUGAUGAAUAUAUCAUAUUCGGAUAAGCCACGGAGUCUCCCACUAUUUUCAAACAUCCGCAACCGAAGUAUUUACCGUUUGCCAUACCGUAGAACUAGUAUCCAGUACAUAUUAUAUCGUCUUCCUUCUUACUUUCGUUUACUUUGCUGUUGUUUUAGCUUGUUUCAUGUUCGUUUAAUUCACGUUAAAAUACCUGAUUCUUAAACAUCUUCUGCAGCUGAGCUACCAAGACAUUUUGUUUUGAUACCAAACAAAUCAAUAUACGUGCUGCAAGGGCAGAGUGGAGAAGUUACGUGUGAAUGUGAAGGUGCUACAGUGUGUAAACUAAAGUGGGAAAAGCAAGAGGAUGAUGGUGAAUCAUAUGCUGCUGUCCCUGACAGCCAAGUGACCGUCAACAGAAAUUUGUCUACAAACAGAGUACAGGCUAUUCUGAACAUUACAAAUGCACAGCCUGAAGACUCUGGUACGUACAAGUGCAACGUAUUGGUUGAACCUGAUAAAUCUGACUUCAAGCUCAUCGUCAUUAGAGUAAAAGGUAAGUUGAGCCUAAUUAAGCCGUUUAGCUUACGUAGCAGGCGUUUGGAAGUAUUUUGCAGGAAAGAAUGGGGCGCGCUAGGAGACACGUGAGGGGAGAGACGUGUCUCUCUCGCGCGCCUCCGGUCGUUCUUUCUCGCAUAUCACUUCCAAGCGCCUGCUACGCAGACCAAAGUAGGUUAAAUGUAGUCUGAUGAACUUUCAGAACUUGCAACAUAUUUUUAAGCGUUCUGAAAGAUUAUUGCUUGUAACCAUGUACUGUUGUUCUUAAUAUACUAUUGAAUAAAAAUAAACAACAACUAAAUUGACAAAUUAAACAACAAACAGACAGUUGAAACAAAAAGCUGAUUUUUUACCAACAUGCUUAUACUAUAAGUAGUUCAAAAAUGUCUUACUUACUUCAUUAAAAUGCAUACAAAAACUUAAUUGAUGUUCAAUACUUAUACCUGAAUAAGUACCUAACAUGGUUAUAAAACGUCUAACUUACUGAAUGAAAGUUUAUACAAAAACUUUAACUGAUGUUUAAUGAGUUCUUUAAAUACGAUGAUGAUAAAGUUUCAACUCCUGUUUUGCGGGUUGUUGACUUCGUACCUUAAUUAAUACAUGUCUUUGAAUAAUGUAACGUUCUAACACCGUUUUUUUGUCGAUAGCUCCAACAGCACCUAGAAUCACUGCACCCCGUAAUGGAAAAACUAUAGUUCUAGAGGAGGGAUCGACAAAGAUCCUCAAAUGUAUAGCAAAUGGAGCUCCUAAACCUAACGUUACCUGGUACAGAAAAGAAAAGCAACUACACAGCAAACGAACAGUAAAUGAUCGAAAAAGUUGCAAGGAUACUGCUUAUGAGGUUUAUGAAGAAAACGAGGAAACUUCAGGAUUACAUACGUUGCAUACGGUUCAAAUUCUUAGAAUAAGAAGUGUUCUGUAUCCAAGAGAUCAAGGAGAGUUUAAGUGUGUCGCAUCGAAUGGAGUUUCAAACGUUCAAGCAGUUUUGCACCUUCAAGUACAAGGUGAGCUUGGGCUAAUUGAAGACUGGUUCAUUUAAGGGGAGUUUCGACCACUUUUUUCGCUAAAAGCUUUAAUAUUGGCCUACGGUUUUUCAUGGUACGACCUUGGGCCAAUAUUGCCCAGUAGUACGGCUCCCGCGCUUGGUAAGUAAGUCAAUACGCGUGCAUUCUCUGCAUUCUACGAUAGCCAUUUUGAAUAUUCAGUUUCCGACUCUCGUACCAGCCUUUCGUAUGUAAGUUUGCUGUUCAUCUCUUUGCUCCAGGAGAUUCUUAGUUCUGUUUGGCGAAAAGCCAUUAGGUAGAUUUUUAUCAAUAAUCAUUAUGUAAAAGCUUGUUUCUUUAUUGGUCCCUAGUUACAACAAAUUCACACCAAGCGGGAAGCCAAGGAACACCCUUUGUUUGCUUUCUUCUCAUCUCUACAUCUCCAGCACCUUUCUAACUAUCAUUGCCGACCCUAGCCUGGGCAGCGGCGGGAUAUUCUUGUGCCCGGAGUACUUUCUUGCUCUCCUACGCUAAUCCCGCCGGCUACGCAGGCUAUGCCGACCCCAACAAUGCACAUUUCGGGGAUCGUUCCACACAAAAUUCUCAUAUUAAUCACUAUCAGGCUAUCUUUAGUGGUAUAAAUCCCUUUAUUUGUUGUUUGCUUUGUUGUUUUCGGUACACAGUCGACUUAGUAAAACACCAAAAGUUACGACCACCAAAGCCGAUUAAUGUACUGCAAGGUCAAGAAGCAAGGGUAAAAUGCGACUUACAUGGUACUUUAACGGCUACGUUAGAAUGGAAAAAGCAGACCGUUUCAGGAGAUGUACCUGUUCCAGACAGUUUGGUCUCUGUUAUUAAAGACAGGAGCAUCAAACGAACCAGAGCCGUCCUCAAGAUUAAAUACGUUCAAAUGGAAGACAGUGGCGUUUAUAAGUGCGUCUCAAAGGCUUUCGGCAAAACACAUUUCAAGCUCGCCUAUAUUACAGUGAAAGGUAAUUCGUUUUCCUUUAAUUGACUAGAUUUACAUGUGGGAGUUACUAGCGUACGGGUCUAUAUUCGGAGAGAAGAUGAUAGUACUUUAGCUUACUGGUGAUCUGCUCUUCAACUACAUCGAACCACUGCCUGGGGGUGGGGUGGGGGCGCAGAGGAAGGGUAAAAGCCUUUCCUCCUCGACUCCCACUUCUGAAAGAGCUUGCUGUUAGCAGGAUAACCUUGAAAAGGGACAACUGGCGCGGUUAUAGAGUUCCUGUUUACAGUGAUCGACUGAAAAUUUUAUCUACGAGACUCUGUAACUCUGUGACCUGGUGAUUGGACACCAAAUUGAGGUUAGCCGCUUACGGGACUGAGUAGAAGGUCUCGCAAUACAGAUUUGACUGCAAUAGAAAAAAAUGUAAAAAAUGUAAACCUAUGAAGCCCGUCAGACUCCUCUGUUUUUGUGGACUUAAAGGUGCACGACACUCGAUAGCAUUUCUAUCAUUUUGAUCUUACUGACCAAUUAAAAAGGUCGCGGUAAUUUAUUCCGUCACAAUUUGUGAGCAAAAAACAAAGAUUAAGUUAUAGUUUGUGCACCGUCGUGGAGUCUAAUUAUAUUUGAUGUUUGCUGCCUUUCACAACCUGUUUUCUCUACUUAGUAUGUCUAAACUGAACUACUUGCAGAAAAAAGGCUUUACUCGAAUAAUCAUAGGGUUAGCAUGCAGGACGAAUUUGUCACAUCACUAUAUAACUUUGCUCCAAAAAUCUUGAUAAAAGCCUGGCAUUAGCCUGGUAAACCAUAGUUGAACCAGACUUGGCAUAAGAAGUAAGAUUGGGAGCCGUGUUAAGCCGGUUUUACCAGGCUUUCGAGGUAAGCGCGGUUAAAGUUUACCAUGAAAGUCUGGUAACUCAGGUUUUAACUGAAAAAUCUUAACCAGGCUGGUAUUACCAGGCUUUCCUAACUUGACGACUAUGUAAAUGAAGCCUCUCCGAACAUUAUCCGUUUCUCUUGUAAGGUUCAAGGCUGCCAUAUCGCAGGUUAAGAAAUGUCUGAGCUUCGAGAAAAUGCCCCACGCAAGGGAAUCCGGACUCUGGAAUCCGGGACAUUUUGCUUUUUUUUGUGGAAACCAGAAUCCAGGGCUUUGGAAUGCGAAAUACAGCUUAACGAAUCGCGAAUCCACUAACGAUUGGAGUCCGAAAUCCAAGUUCCAAUAACAAAGAAUCCCGAAUCUAGUACACGGAAUCCGGAAUCCCCGGCUCCAGAAUCCAGGAAUGUCUUGGAUUCCCUUUUAAGGGGUGAUAGAGAAAGAAAUUGAUACCAAAUUAAUGUAUUAUUACUUUUCAGAGUCACUAGCCUUUCUCAGUAGACCACCACAAGUAAUUCGAGGACGCCUUGGCCAGGACGUGGUGAUUGACUGUUCUACGAAUGACAAUGAGGCCACAGUGUCACUUCUACGUAAACCUCAUCCAUUUGCGCAUAGCACAGAGCUUAAACCAAAAGCUAAUAAACUCUCUAAGGAGCGACAAGUGUUUACGAUUCUUAACAUCGAUAUCGGAGAUGCAGGAAUAUACUCCUGUGCAGCGACGAAUAAAGCAAAUCAGACCAUCCAGUGGCGGCGUUUAACAGGAUAUUUUGUUUUUCUUAGUCAAGAGACCAAUUAACAAAUGACACACUUAGAGUAAACAGGUCAUUUUUUCUCUCCGAGCAAGUUUCUUGCGAAUGUCUAUUGCAGCAAAAGCAGUUGUUAAAUUAUACCUUUUUUAACUAAGCAGGCUAAUUGCCAGCAGUAUACGUUGGAUUAAUGAAUGUUUUUGAGAUAGAAAUUUGCGCGGUUAAAUUUGAAGUCGUUUCCGAAUUGGACGAGGCGCAUUUGGAACAUUUGUUGAUGUAAACGUGUAAAAAUAAGUGUGNGGGGUGAUAGAGAAAGAAAUUGAUACCAAAUUAAUGUAUUAUUACUUUUCAGAGUCACUAGCCUUUCUCAGUAGACCACCACAAGUAAUUCGAGGACGCCUUGGCCAGGACGUGGUGAUUGACUGUUCUACGAAUGACAAUGAGGCCACAGUGUCACUUCUACGUAAACCUCAUCCAUUUGCGCAUAGCACAGAGCUUAAACCAAAAGCUAAUAAACUCUCUAAGGAGCGACAAGUGUUUACGAUUCUUAACAUCGAUAUCGGAGAUGCAGGAAUAUACUCCUGUGCAGCGACGAAUAAAGCAAAUCAGACCAUCCAGUGGCGGCGUUUAACAGGAUAUUUUGUUUUUCUUAGUCAAGAGACCAAUUAACAAAUGACACACUUAGAGUAAACAGGUCAUUUUUUCUCUCCGAGCAAGUUUCUUGCGAAUGUCUAUUGCAGCAAAAGCAGUUGUUAAAUUAUACCUUUUUUAACUAAGCAGGC